UUGAAAAAGGGUGCGAAAAAGUGCGGCGUUUUCAAUCCUUUACGUAUUUUCUUUGUCUGAACUGAGAUAAAUGAUACACACCUGGUAGUGGUGUCUAGGCUGUCAGGUGGAGAAUGGAUCUCUUACGAGAUGUGGAGUGUUACUGAUUCCUGGUUAAUUUGUGCGUUUUAGAAUCUCCCACCCUCCUCGUUUCGUUGAAAUGGAGCCUCCACCUCCCAGCCAGUCAGGUGGUGUACAUCCUCAAGACCUCUCCCCCUGCAGCCUCACCACUGUGUUCGACUUGAGCAGGAAAGGCGAAGAAAGUCUGCUGAAAGCUAACUCCAUGGAUGCCCUGCAUGUGGUCAAGGCAUCCAGCUGGUACAACAUUAAUCCUGUGAGCAACAAGGGAAUAGUUUUCUCAGAGAAUGAUUCUGACCAUGCUCCCCAGCCUAGUGAGCAAAUCCAGCCGGAUGAUGCCUUCUCCAACACAACUGUCACACUCUCCUAUGUGAGCAGGUCUCAUGUCCUUUCCUCCCAUGACUCCCUCUCGCAGCUGCACCCACUCUGCGGUGUCCCGUCCAUCAGCAGAAAACUCUCGCGGCACACUCCCUCCUGUGAAGCAGACACAAUGUUAAAUGAGGCUGGCAGAGGGGGGCUUUGCAUGGGCCUUGACCAGGGCCUCUUGCAUAACACUGCUAGGUCUGUUGGAUUGGCAUCAGAGUCCGACCUGUGUGAGACUGAAUCACAGGCUCAGUUAUUAGAGAGUGCAACAGUAGCCCACUUUAUGCAGCAAGUUCCUGAGGUGAAUGGGAAGCAUGAUGCCGAUCCUUGGGGUAUGGACAAACCUGAGCCACAACUUGGAGGCAGCCCCACAGAGUGCGUGCCAUCUCAGGAAAGGGAUGGAGAUGGUUGUGUUCGAAAUGGUACAGGCAGUGGCCUGUGGAAUCUUGGAUCACAUGAGGAAAAAUCCUCUGAGAACCUGAUUGCAGAACUGACGAUCCAGUCUAUUUACAAGACAACAGAGGUUCUAGGAACUUUCUGUGUAGUUCUUUAA